GGGUAGAAAAGUUUCGUGAGGAGCAGGAGGGAGGGGAUUGAGCAGUGAUACGAGAGUCAUCCGACAGCGAGCAUGACUGACGUCGAGCUGCAGAGCCCUCCACCCCCGGUACCGGUGGAUGAGAAACCGCAGCCCGAGAGGAAAGUCAUAGCCACAUCAGUGCAAGGCACAGUGAAAUGGUUCAACGUGCGUAAUGGCUAUGGCUUCAUUAACAGAAAUGAUACUAAAGAAGAUGUUUUUGUUCAUCAGACUGCUAUAAAGAAGAACAAUCCUAGGAAAUUCCUUCGCAGUGUUGGAGAUGGGGAAGUUGUCGAGUUCGAUGUAAUUGAAGCAGCUAAGGGUUCAGAGGCAGCCAAUGUGACUGGUCCAGGGGGUGUUCCAGUUAAAGGCAGCCGCUAUGCCCCAAACAAGCGGCGUUUCCGUCGACGAUUCUUUCCCCGCAACCCUCGGCCCAGUGACCUGGGCAAGCCAGCUGAUGGCCAAGCUCCUACUCCUGAGACGGACGGAUCAGUGGAGGAUGGGGCAGUAAGGCCACAACAGCGCCGCCGUAGGCCCCGCAGACCGCGGCAGCAGGCACAAAACGGUGAAGUUGGGGAACAGAAGGAUGUAGCUGAAGAGGGUGAAGAAACACAGCAGAGGCCACCACGACGCAGAUUCUGGCGCCCGUAUCGCAGACCGUUCCGUCCUCGCCCACCUCCUGAUCAGUCGGCAGAUGAUAAGACUUCUGCUCCAGAGGACACCAAGGAGCAGGAGCAGAAGCAGGAGCAGAAACGGGAGCAGGGUGAGGAGAAGCAGGUGGAGGCUACUGAAGCCACUGAAGGCCCUCAGACCAAUGGAGAAUCAUCAGAAGGCCAGAAACAACGGCGUCCAUCUAGACGACGCAGGCAAAGGAAUUCCGAGUCUUCUGCCUCAAAAAAUGAUACAGAGAAGUCUGCAUCAGAACACGGCACGCCACCACAGACGUCAAAACCAGCAGACCUGAAGUCUACAUCAAAAUCUCCAAAGACCUCACCAAAAACCCCUCCCAAAUCUCCCAAAUCACCUGGGGAAGCUGCCACAACAGACCAAGCUCCAACAGAGUGACUGUCCACUCACAUGACCCUGGGCAAGAGGUGGGACCCCACACUAACUGUGCAACCCUGGGUUGGGAAGGUUGGAACACUGGAGGGGAUAAGAUUGCUCUUAUUGUGCUGCCACGUUGGCCACCAGAAGGCCUGAUGAUGGCCGUUAAGGGGCUGUCUGGUCAUAAAUGGAUUUAAGGUGGAAUAUUGGUAUCAAAGGAUGAAAAGAUUUUUAUGGAGUCUUAAGAUAUAGCUUAUGUUGGGAAUUAGGCUUUUGUUAAAUACAGGGAAAUAUUUUUAGGCUCACAGUCUGGAAAUGAGGAUUUCAGACCAGUAUAAUCUAUGGAUUAGAAGUAUCAUGUUUAAUUUCAAUCCCUGUGCCUCUUGUGGUUUUUUUUCUUUUCUUCUUAAUUUCCCUUUCAUUUGCUUCUCUUAGGUCCUAGGGUUGGAGGACUGGAACUUUGCACUGCACUCCCCCCUCUUCUCCCUCAAUCCUCCAACCCUCCUCAUCUCAUUGUCACCCCUCCGACCCUCCCUCCCCUCUUCUUGUCUUGUGUUAUCCUGUCUAGAUGCUGACCUUUUGAGAGGAACUGAGUUGGGAGGAAAGGGGAUACUGGUGGGUGCAUAUUUGGAAGUUAGAAAUGCAUCUUUAAAAAGAAUGUGGGAGGAAAAAUGGAAAAUCUGCUUGGGAGCCCAGUUAUUCCAGCCCCUCCCUUAAAAGAUCUUUUUUCUUUAAUUGACCAGAUGGGGUACAUCAAGGAGUUUAGAGGAACCAGCCUUGUUUUUUAUUUAGCUUUUUAAUUUAAAGGGAACCCCAAGCAGGUGUGUAGUUGGUGGGAGUCAGUUUAGUUCUGUUUCCACCAGAAUCAACUCCCUCUCAUCUCCUCAGCUGAGAAUGGAUUGAUGGAAAAAAUUAUUUCCUGAGUUUUAUUUGUGCUUUUCUUUGGAGGGGAUUAUGUGCAAUGUUGUACUUAAAAUGCUAAUGAAUAAAUCUUGUUUGCAAAUCUCA